AUGUCAGUUAAAGACGAUAUCCCAGCUAUCUUUUUAGAUAAGGUUUCUCCAAGAGGUCUUGAAGCAAUUCAAAAGACAAAGGACUUUGUCGACCAAUAUUGUAUCCCUGCUGAUAAGAUUUUCAAGGAGCAAAUUUCGCAAGACCCAAAAAUAAGAUGGAAACAAUAUCCAGCUAUCAUUGAACCAUUGAAGAAAAAGGCUAGAGAGUUGGGUUUGUGGAACAUGUUUUUGUCCAAGCAUUACAAAGAGGGUCCUCAAUUUACCAAUUUGGAAUACGGAUUAAUGGCUAGGUAUUUGGGAAGAUGUCACACUGGACCAGAAGCAACCAACACCAGUGCCCCAGACACAGGUAAUAUGGAAUUGUUUGCUAAAUAUGGUACAAAGGCGCAAAAGGAUAAGUAUUUAGUGCCCUUGAUGGAUGGUAAGAUCAGAUCGGCAUUCUUGAUGACCGAAAAGGGGAUUUCAUCGUCGAAUGCAUUAAACAUUUCAACCACUGCCAUUAAGAAUGCCCGUGGUAACUAUGUGUUGAAUGGAACAAAGUGGUUUGCCUCUGGUGCUGGAGAUCCAAGAACUGCUGUUUGGUUGGUUAUGUGCAAAACAGACAAUGAUGAAAGUAAUAUGUUCAGAAACCACUCCGUGUUAGUCAUUGAUGUCAAGCAUGCAUUAGCAUCAGGUAAGGCUGAAGUUAUCAGGCCUUUGAGUAUUUUUGGCUACGAUGAUGCACCCCAUGGUCAUUGUGAAAUCGUUUUCAAGGAUUAUGAAGUUUCAUCUGAAUUGAUGCCAGAAACGAUUUUGGCCGGUGUCGGUAGGGGAUUUGAAUUGAUUCAAUCCCGUUUGGGUCCAGGUAGAAUCCAUCAUUGUAUGAGAGCCAUAGGUGCUGGUGAAUUUGCCUUGUUGCGUAUUGCUCACAGAGCAAAUCACAGAACCAUCUUUGGUAGGCCAAUGAAUAGAAGAGAAGGCUUCUUGAUGCAGUAUGCCAAGUACAGAAUUGAAAUUCAAAAAUGUUUAUUAUUGGUUUUGAAUGCUGCUCACAAGAUUGACAUCACUAAUGCCAAACAUGCACAAAGAGAAAUUGCCAUGGCUAAAAUUGAGACUCCAAAAACAAUUUGCGAUAUUCUCGACUGGGGUAUUCAAGUCUUUGGAGCCGAAGGAUUCUCUCAAGAUACAGAAUUGGCACAAAUGUAUGCUUGGAAUAGAACUUUGAGAAUCGCUGAUGGUCCUGAUGAAGCACAUUUGGCUCAAUUGUCAAGAAGAGAAGCUGCCAAGUUUCCAGAAGUUGAUGAGUUUUUCAAGAGUGUUGAAUCAAGAGUUGAAGCUAUUAGUAAGUUAUAA